AUCAGGGCGCAGGACUGGCAGACUGUACUGUAGAGUUGGAAUAGGUUUCCACCUUCAAAUUCACCCCGAUGGAAGAGUCAACGGGAGUCACGAACCGAAUCGGUUAAGUGUGCUGGAGCUGUUUGCCGUGUCUCAAGGGGUCAUAGGAAUCCGGGGAGUUUUCAGCAAUCGAUUUCUAGCCAUGAACAAGAGGGGGAGGCUUCUUGCGACUGGUCAGGAUCUGGCCCGCCAGCUGGUGGAGCUGGGCCACAAGGGUAGCAGUUUGGAGAGGGAGGAAUUUGAGACAAGGAAAGCAGCUGCCGAGGCCUCCAGGCUUGCUUCAAGGAGCCAACAGAAGAAGCUGGCAAAUGCUGGAAAAGAGCUCAAAGAUAACUUCCUGAGAGCCCUGGCAGAGCGGGAGGAGGCCAACCGCAGUGGGGAAAUUACUUCCAUCAUUUUCAUAAGGGACCGAAAUUCUCAUGGACAGGAGAUAUCUGGGUAUGUAGACUACUCCCACCGACUAAAAUCUGAAGACUUUGAACCAUAUUUCAAUGGAAAGAAAAGGCUUCUGCCAAGAACAACUGACUUAAGCUUCUACAACUGGGAAACACAGGUGGCUAAAUACAAUGCCAGCUCAAACUAUGAGGUGAUCACAGAGAAUCAAAGUGGUUUGCUCUUCAAGAACAAUGAUGACAGAAAAAUCUUGAAUGUUGACCCAGAGGCAUCACCUGGUGACAGCUCUGUCCGCAUUCCUGUCCUGUCUGACCUAUAUGUGCAUGUUGUCAUUUAUGACCACAUUGCCAGAAAACCCGCAACCAGUUCCUGUGCACCACUCUCCAAUUAAAUAUGUAUUAAAGAGCACUUGAAGCCUCUAAUUUCAUCUACAUAAAAACAGUUUUAACCUUCAUAUUGUCCACUACAUCUGGAUGUGUAGAUCGGCAGAGCU